GCGGAGAGACUGGCAGCCGAAGGAACCAACGGCAUAGCGGGAUUGUCCGACAAACCCUCCAAUCACAUGGAGCUUGAGGUGCUCGGCAACGACCUCGCUGGGCAGGCUGUCCUGUGUGGCACGAAAUGCUGUGUAUUUUGUAUUUUGCAGCGGCAUCAGUAGCCGAGGAGACGGCGGGAAUCGCCGCUGCUGCGGCUGAAGCACAAAGGUGAAAUAAAAACGUUGGACGCUGCGAGGAAUAAAGAAAGAGCAUGUUUGCUUGAUGGGGAAUUUAUUGUGCUUAACAUUUUUUGUAAAGGACAUAGUACUAUGGAAAUGGAAGGAUUACCUCCCCCACCACCCCCUGCAGUUUUAGAAAAUGAAUUAACAGCCAGUGCUACCAAUGAAGAAGAGGAGGAAGGAGAACAGUUUGAUUUCGAUAGUGGAGAUGAAAUACCAGAAGCUGACAGACAAACCAUUUUGCCGUCUAUUUCUAGUUCUAGAAUUAAUACGGAUCAGGAACAGCUGAAUUCUGCAGGGAUUGUAGAAAAUGUAGCUGGAAUGGAGAAAAUGCAGACACCUGAAGCCAAUUCAGAGGGUGCUCCACCGAGGGUAAACCCUUACUCUGUCAUAACCAUAAUGGAAGAAAAGGAACUGCCAUUGUCACCAGAGCCAAGUCCACAAGAUGAAAGUAUAAGCCCCAGUCUGUCAGGCGGAUAUUCUGUCCCUGUACCCUGUGGCUAUGCUGUACCAUCAAAUAUACCACUGAUUUUGCCGGCAUACUCUAGUCCUGUUAUAAUACGCAGCAUAUCUGUGGAUGAAGAAGCAAAUGUUCAGGCAAUAGUUGAAGAUUGUCAUUCUAAUUCCCAGAGUUCUGAGGAUCCACAGAACAGUGAAGAUAAUCAGGAGAAUAAAGAUGACAAUACUUUAGUCAAAUGGGCUGCGAAUCCUGCCAACACUGAGUGGAUGGAGAAUGCAGAUGAAGUAAUAUAUGACGAUGUACCGAGAGAAAAUUCAGACUCUGAACCAGAGGAGAUGAUUUACGAUGAUGUUGAGAAUGGCGAUGAAGGUGGAAAUAGCUCUCUAGACUAUGGGUGGAGUUCCAGCGAGUUUGAAAGCUAUGAAGAACAAAGUGACACAGAGUAUAAGAAUGGAAUGCCCAGUUCCUUUCUGCGUGGCAACCACAGAAGACAACUUUCUCAUGACCUAACCCGUUUAAAGGAGCACUAUGAAAAAAAGAUGAGAGAUUUGAUGGCAAACACGGUGGGAGCAGUAGAGAUUCAGCAACUAAGGCAAAAACAUGAGCUAAAGAUGCAGAAGCUCAUGAGGGCUGCUAGAGAAGGCACCAAAGAUAGUCUUGAAAAAACUAAAGCUGCUGUGAAGAAAGGUCGAUCAUUCAUUAAAACAAGGUCAUUUAUUGGCCAAGACCACAGAUCAUCGUCUUUGGAAGAAGAGGAGCUAUUUAUUGAUGUAGACUGCAUGCACGCAGAGGCAAUCAUGACUCCAAUGCCUGAUGGUUUAUCACAACAGCAGGUUGUAAGAAGAUAUAUUUUAGGUGCUGUUGUUGACAGUGAAAAGAAUUAUGUGGAUGCUCUCAAAAGGAUUCUAGAGCAAUAUGAGAAGCCGCUGUCAGAGAUGGAACCCAAAUUACUGAGUGAAAGAAAAUUAAAGAUGGUCUUCUACCGAAUUAAAGAAAUCCUUCAGUGUCAUUCAAUGUUCCAAAUAGCUUUGGCCAGUCGUGUCUCUGAGUGGGAUUCUGUGGAAAUGAUUGGAGAUGUUUUUGUUGCAUCAUUUUCUAAGUCUAUGGUACUAGAUGCAUAUAGUGAGUAUGUAAACAAUUUUAGCACUGCAGUGGGGAUUCUUAAGAAAACGUGUGCCACAAAGCCUGCCUUCCUUGAGUUUUUAAAGCUAUGCCAAGAAUCUAGUCCUGAUAGGAUUACACUUUAUGGCUUAAUGAUGAAACCCAUACAACGUUUUCCUCAAUUCAUCCUCUUGCUACAGGAUAUGUUAAAGAACACUACUAAAGGCCACCCUGACAGGCUGCCUCUGCAGAUGGCCCUCACAGAGCUUGAGAUGCUGGCAGAGAAGCUGAAUGAAAGGAAGAAAGAUGCAGAUCAGCGAUGUGAAAUAAAACAGAUUGCAAAGGCUAUGAAUGAGCGAUAUCUAAACAAGUUACUUAGCAGUGGCAACAGAUACCUCAUACGAACUGACGAUAUGCUGGAGACUGUUUACAGUGACCGAGGGGAAAUAGUCAAAACCAAAGAACGACGGCUGUUCAUGUUAAAUGAUGUAUUAAUGUGUGCUACAGUGCAUGUCCGUUCUUCUCAUGAAAGCAGCAGCAUUGUGACUGGCCAAAGGUAUUUACUAAAAUGGAGCGUGCCCCUUGGACAUGUGGAAGUCAUAGAGUAUGGAAAUAAUGAUGGUCAAGGCGAGAACUGUAGAUUCCCUCCACAACAUUCCUCUGAGAACAUUGUUGUUAAUCCCAAACCAAAUAAACUUUAUAUGGGACCAGGGCAACUGUACCAUGAUUUGCAGAAUCUUUUACAUGAUUUGAAUGUAGUUGGCCAAAUUAGUCAACUGAUAGGCAGCCUAAAAGGACACUACCAGAAUUUAAAUCAGUCAGUGGCACAUGAUUGGACUUCGGGUUUACAAAAACUUAUAUUAAAAAAAGAAGAUGAAAUUCGAGCUGCAGACCGCUGUAGGAUUCAACUUCAGCUUCCAGGGAAGCAAGACAAAUCUGGACGGCCUACUUUCUUUACAGCAGUGUUCAAUACUUUCACCCCUGCAAUCAAACAGUCUUGGAUCGACAAUUUACAAAUGGCUAAGCUUGCCUUAGUUGAAGAGAAUAUAUUGGGUUGGUUCUGCAUCGAAGAUGAUGGGAAUCAGAUAAAGAAAGAGAAACAUCCACUUCUUGUUAAACACAUGCCUGUAAUGAUGGCCAAACAGCAGGAGUUUAAGGUUGAAUGUGCUGCUUAUAAUCCUGAACCAUACUCAUGUGAAGAAAGUGAUCCAGAUCCUCUUUCUAUAGAACAUGGCUUUCUGUGGAUUGGCAGUUGUACAAAUCAAAUGGGUCAAAUUGCCAUUGUGUCAUUUCAAAACUCCAGCCCAAAAGUUAUUGAAUGCUUCAAUGUAGAAUCGCGAAUUCUUUGCAUGGUCUACAUUCCAGAAGUUGAGAAAUGUAAAAGCUUGGAAGUGCCUUCUGAUCUGGAAGAUGUGCCUACAAAACCUUCUAGUGUGCCAACUAUUUGCCUGGGCACAGAAGAAGGAAGCAUCUCCGUUUACAAAAGUAGUCAAGGCUCGAAGAAAGUCCGACUUCAGCACUUCUUCACUCCUGAAAAGUCCACUGUCAUGAGUCUAGCUUACAAAUCCUGUUAUUUGUUUGUUGGUCUUGUCAAUGGCAACAUUGUCAUCUACACCAAAUUGGAAGAUGGUGCCUGGAAUUCAGAACCUCAGAAAGUAGUGAAAUUGGGUGUUUUGCCAGUGAGAAGUCUUCUUGUCAUGGAAGAAACCGUUUGGGCUGCUUCUGGUGGACAAAUUUUUAUAAUUGGUACUGAGACACACACCGUAGAGUGCCACUUUGAAGCUCAUCAAGAAGAAGGGAUGGUGAUUUCCCAUAUGGCUGUGGCAGGAGUUGGAAUCUGGAUUGCCUUCACAUCAGGAUCAACACUUCGCCUUUUCCACACAGAAACCCUUAAGCACCUCCAAGAUGUGAAUGUUGCUACUCUUGUUCACAAUAUGUUACCAGGACAGCAUCGGGUUUCUGUAACCAGCCUUUUGGCAUGCCAUGGCCUCUUAUUGGUUGGGACAAACCUUGGGAUUAUAGUAGCACUCCCAGUUCCUCGUUUGCAGGGAAUCCCAAAAGUAACUGGAAGGGGAAUGGUCUCUUACCAUGCACAUAAUGGCCCAGUUAAGUUCCUUGUAAUGGCUUCUGUAACAAACAAGCAUAGCAAAAGCAAAUCAAGGCAUAGUCUGAGUCGACCUCAUUCAGUAUCGAAAGAUGAUGACCAAAAGAAUGUUGUUCACAAUGAGCAACCCAGUUCCUCCAUAAGCAAUGCAGAUGACCAUGCUGUUUGGCUAGGAGAUUCAGUAGGCUCUAUUGCUCAAAAAAGUGACAUGUCUUCAUCUUCAGGGUCUCUGACGUUAUCUCAUGGAUCCUCCAAUACCGAACACAGGCCCGAGGAGAGUGCUGUCUAUGAGCUUUUGAAAGAUGUUGCUCUUAGUCAAAGUAAAAAAUGUAGAUCCAAAGAAGGGAAAGCAAUUUCAGUAUUAGUUAUCUCUGGAGGCCAAGGGCAUAGAAGAGUGAACAGAAAGUCUAAGCCUCAGCGACCAGACGAAUUGGUUUCAUCUGUGAUGAUUUGGCAGAUUCCACUAUUAAAUAUCUAAAAUCAUGAUGCAGUGUGACUAUGUAAAAGACAUCUGCUUUAGCUCCAGAAGUCUGAAUUCAUCAUGAUGAUCCCUCUUCAAAAGAGAAUGGUGGUGGUGUCAUCAUUUCAAAAGGAGUUCUAAGCUAAGGCGCAUCUUUGAUAAGGUCUAUUUGUAUGACUAGUUAUAUAGAUGUCAAUAGGACCAAUUGUUCAAGUAAGACCUCUGAAGAUAUCCCGAGAACUCCCUUUAAGAACUGUCUUGAAAAUACUUAACUUUUAAUGCUUAUCUGUGUAACAGAAAUAUAACUUUACUACUAUUACAGUUCAUUUUAAACUAUUUUUUACAAUGUUGCCAUUAUUUAUAUUGCAAUUUUAUGGCCUUGAGCCCUAAAUGAGAGACAAGUAGUAUUCUAUUGAUGGGCUUUGCUUUCUUAAGUAACCUCUUUUUACUGAGCAAUAUUGUGUAUGUGCUGCAUGUUUUACCCAGGGUUUUUGGGGAAUAACUAUUCCAAUAUUGUCUCAAUUCCAGAAUGCAUAGAUUCUUUGUCAUGUAUUAUCCUCAAGGCAAUGACAAAAAAUGGAACUUGGUCAAAUAUUUUAGAUUUAUACACCUAUGAAACAAAGAAUACUAAUUUUAGGGUCUAGUAUUUAAAUCUAUGCAAAAAAUAAAUGUAAAAAUUCAACAUGAAAUGUACAUUUUACAUAUUUUAUUUUAGAGCUUUUCCAUCUGUUGAUUCUCCUACACUGUAUGCAGAUUUUAGUUAAGCAGUAGGUAUAUGUCAUGGUUUUUCUUUCAGUGCUUUCAUUGUACAUUCUGUUGCUGGCAACGGAAUAUUGGCCAUUCAUGUGUAAAUUGUAUAUGUUUGGAAUUGUGUGGGAUGAGACAAGAUCGCAGAAAAAUAAUUGUAAUACGAAGCUUUUGGAAAGAAUAGCAACAAAAGAACUGUAACAUGAAGAGACCAUUAUGACCUCAUAAGGUAAUAUUGAGUUCAGCACUAUACAGCUAUAUCAGAUGGCUGCCAAAAGUGCACAUUAUUAAUGCAAGCUUUCAUCUAAGGUUCACUGAUGUUCACUUUAACUAUGGCUGUAGGUAAAAUCCACUGCAUAAUGUGUGAGGGAAAGUAGCCUGCCAUAGUGCUGUAUUGCAAGGAAAGAGAAUUUGUUUACCUAGAGCAAGAUGCACAAACCCUCCUUGCCAAACUCCAUUCUCUUUCAGUUCGAGCGGAUAUACAUACCUGGAAUUCAGGCUCGUCUGUGAAAUCCAACACUGCUAUGAUUUGGCUAAUUCAGUCAACAGGUAUAUGCCCUGCAUGCUCCUGUUUGAAGCCAACUUUAAGGUGGUAUUGGCAGCCAUUUCAUGAGAUGUGAGCCUUCUUAGGGCCUGGAACUUGCUGGAAUUCAGGUUGCAUAGUGAGGAGUGGAUCUUGCUUUGUGACCAGAUACCUCCAUAAACCACAAAAUGGGUUAUUCUUGGACUUGUGAAAAUUAUUGAACUUGGAUGAACAGGACAGUGGAAUUGGUGGUGAUCUGCAACAAUGAUUUACCCCACCAGCUGUGAGUACUUGGAUCAAGCCUUAUGUGCACCCUUUUGUCCUUGAUGUAGGUGGCAUUGCAAUACGAAGCUCAGUUUGGGAAGAUAAAUCCUGUGAUGUUACAUCUAGUUCACCCUCCAGUAUCAGCUAAUGAUAGCCACUGCCAAAUGAAGGUGGGAAUGUGAGUUCAAUAUCCAUGGUCCUGGGUGGAGAGGCCAUGAGAAUCUUUUAAACUUCUGCAUACUGCCUAGCAAUGUGACCCAUAGUCGCAUCUAUAUAAACCCUGUGUGCUCCUAAGUUCAGUUGUGCCUGAUCUGAUCCAGGAAAAAAUAAAGUGUCAGCUGUUCAAGCAAAAUGUUAUUGAGUGAAUAUUUAGACACAGAAGUGAACCCAGAGUCCUAUGUUACUGAAUCAAUGGGCACAGGUCAAAAAGAGCUGACAGAUUGUUUAUGAAAGCUAGAAGUAACCAUGGUAGUUCCAGCCUUAGCUUUUUAAAUCAAUUCCCAAUUAUAUAGAUGGUCGGCCCAUUUUUUGCAUGUGCUUAAAUAAACUCUUAAUUUGUGGGCUGUGUUUGGAAUGCCACUGCAUGUGCUUUUGAAACAUGGUCUGAAUCAAGCAUUUGCCUUAGGCAAAACUCAAAUUAUUUAUUCCUAAAAUCAAAUAAGUUCAGUAGAAUUUAAGCACUUAACUGUUUGCUUGUCAUUGUGUGUUUCCAUUUCUUUGGAAUGUCAGCUUAGACGGAAUCGAGGUUGACCUUUUCCCCAUUAAUAACAACUUCUAGCAUAUGAGUCAAGGUUACAGCCAUAAAAAAAAUUAUGUAGCAGGUUAAGCUUCCUCAUUGACUUUUUUUUUGCCAUUUGCCAAGAUCCUAAGAACUGUGAAGCUAUUGCAAAGUUGUGAACAGCAGCUUUCCUGUUCCUCGUGGGAAAUUUUGUUAUUGAAAUCUCAUGGAGGCUUCAAAAACAUUCUGGGACAGGACUUUGGGCACAGCUGUCCAAGUGAAAGAUGCUGGGCUAUCUCAGCCCCUGAACAGUUCUUGGAUUCCUGAUAUUGAGUAUUGCUAGUAAAGUAUAGAACUAUCAAUAAAAUAUAUGCUGCUAGAUAUUACGGUAAAGAAUAGCUUUAAAGUAUUUUACAAACUUGUAAAUCAACUAAAAUACUAACUAGUAACCAGGUAUAAAAUAUAUUUGCUUUGUAAUAUAUUGCAAAAUGGUACCACAUUGUUUCAGUGGUGGACGCAAGCCAAUGUUGAGGCAUUUCUAAAGUCAACAAAUAGAUAUAGCUGAAAGCGUUGCUAGGUGGACCAGAUUUUGCUUCUGAUUCCUCUUGGAGAAAGCAGAAGUCUUUGCAAAACAGGAGAAAGGGGAACUUAAUGUAUAACCACUACAGUUCAUUAAAUAUUUUCUAACCUUUAAUAGUAUGAAUGUUAUAACCUGAGCCAUAAAAGUUUGUAUUUAUGUCCCAAAUAAACUCUGAAAAAAUGUUUUUAAAGCCCCUUGUGAAUAAACAAAUCUUCAAACUGUA